AUGCUUAGCGGAAAUAUUGCUGAGCAAAAUCUCCAUCUUUUUAAACGAGAUAUCAAUGAACCUUGCAAGGAUAACCUAAUUGUUAGGUACAAUCCCGGGGGUAGCUUAAAGGGGGAAGGUUGUUAUUAUGCAAGUUAUAUUGACAAAACAUUCAAUGGUCUCUCCUCCCUCAAUAAUCUAUCCACUAUAACAUUUGCCGAUCCUUACACCGACCAAGGCGUAAUGGAUAAUGGGUACUGCAUUAAGCACUGUGCCGAUUAUCUGUUUAGUUUUGCUGCCAUUGGAAAUGGUUUGUUAUGCAAAUGCAGUAAUGAUGCUACUUUCCCAGCCUAUAAAAUUACUAACGAGACGCUAAGCGAUGAAACCUGCAACGAUAGUUGUACUUUUCCGGUCUCAAUCAAUAGUAAUUCUACUUACCAAUGUGGUGGAAAAAAUGCUUAUACAAUUUAUGAGGCCAAAUACGACAAGAAGCCCGACAUCAAUAUUAGGAAAAAGGUAGAAAUAAUCCAUGACCAGAAGAAGGAUAAUCGUUACAUUGGAUGUAUUCAUGACAAUUUCUAUUGUGGCAAAAGAGCAAUGAACGAUGAUGACAAAAUUAUUACUGAUGAAAAUUUGACGGUUGACAAAUGCAUAGAUUUGUGCCGCGAAAGAAAAUUUAAACUUGCGGGACUAGAAGCUGGUAAUCAAUGUUUUUGUAGCGACAGUUAUAUUGGUUUGGGUGGUAUUCGAGAUGAGCAUUGCAGUUCUAGUUGUGUUGGCAACAGUUCCCAAAUUUGUGGAGGUUCUUGGGCACUUAUGGUAGGAUCACUAGUUUUUGUAGCGUUAGUUCUCAUAGGAUUCUAUUUCCUUCGCCGUCAUUGCUGCCAACCUUAG